ACAGGAUGGACUGACUGUUCUGGCAGGCCCGAGGAGGAACAGAGAAGGGAAGGAGGGAGAUACAGGUAGCGCACAUCCUUCCGUGGAUGAGGCCGAAACGAAAGCGCCAGCCCGGGACCGCCCACGUGCGUUCGCUCCCCAUCACCCGAGCUUCUGCGCGUGCGUGCGCAGCGGCCCGUCCAAGCGUCCUUCUGAUUGGCUGCGGCUGAGCGAGGCUGCGCCUGCGCGCUCCAGGGCUGCGCCUGGUGGCUCUCCCGCCUCCGUCAGCGCCGCUGCUUUCCACUUCUCUUCCCGAAGCUCAGAAUGUUCCCGGAACUCAAUAACCUCCUCGACACCACUCCCGACAGGCCGGAGCAGGGGCGGCUGACUCUCCUCUGUGAUGCCCGAACAGAUGGCAGUUUCCUCGUGCACCACUUCCUCUCUUUCUACCUCAAAGCUCGUUGUAAAGUCUGCUUUGUGGCCCUCGCCCAGUCUUUCAGUCACUACAAUAUUGUGGGACAGAAGUUGGGUAUCAGCCUGACCACGGCACGGGAACGUGGCCAGCUCGUCUUCUUUGAAGGACUCAAGGCAGCGGUGGAUGUCAUCUUCCGGACUCCGCGGGAAGAGCCACAGCCCCUGCAGUUUCUCAGGGAGGCCACCGCUGAGAGCCUGCAGCCACUGUAUGAUUUUGUGCAGAAGUCACUGAAGCCAGAGGCCAACGAAGACACUUGGUGGAGGUGGCCAGUGCUGCUGGUGGAUGACCUGAGUGUGCUGCUGAGUCUGGGCGUGGGGGCCGUAUCCGUGCUGGACUUUGUCCACUACUGCAGAGCCACUGUGUGCUGGCAGCUGAAGGGAAACGUCGUGGCCCUUGUGCAUGACCGUGGUGAUGCUGAGGAUGAGGAGAACGCCCUCCUGCUGAACGGCCUCUGUCACCAGAGCCACCUGAUCCUGCGUGCCGAGGGCCUGGCCACUGGCUUCUGCAGGGAUGUGCACGGGCAGCUGAGGAUCCUCUGGAGACUGCCACAGGCCACAGCCCAGCGGGAUCGGAGCCUCACUUACCAGUACAAGAUACAGGACAAGAACGUGUCCUUUUUUGCCAAAGGCAUGUCCCCUGCUGUUCUGUAGCCUCUCUUAGGGGCUGCUGAAACUGCCCUGGACAAUCUGUUUUCAAAGGUUCAUGAUAAUCAACAACAUAGGAGUGGAUGUAGACGUGGGAAGCCAGGAGGGGCUGGCUUCUCAGAGUAAGCCGGAAAUGGUGCCUUUGUUUCCCGAGUCCUGCUCAGGAAACACCGCUAGGGAUCUGCUAUCCUGGCCCUGCUGAGAUUCAACACUGCAUGUCAAGCCCUGUGGAAAGGACCCUCAGAUCCUGCCAGCCGUUGGCCCAGUUAUUUUUGAUAAGUGCUUCUCAGAGCCAGAGUGGGUGUGACUGCAGUCUGAAGGAACAUCACCUGGCCCGCAUCCCCAGUGACAAGACAGAGGAUGAUGGCCACUUGCAGAGAAGGAACCACGAGACCUCCCUUGCAUUGUCUCCCUUACUUUUCAGCCUUAAGCUAUACAAGGCCUUUUCCCUUCCAUCCAGUGAGGAAGGGGAUGGAGCACGAUGGGAAGCAUGCAAAGGCAAGAGGGUGGACUGUCACCCAGGCCUGACACGUGCCUGCACCCGGAGACUGGCUGUCUUGGAGAAAGCCUCUGACCCAGUUCACAGCUCUGACUUCUCUACUGUCUAGGGGGCCUGGCCCCCCAUAUGCUCAUGAUGACUGAGCCAUCGGGGCCAGGCACCCGACGGAGGUCCCACAAGGCCCCAGAAAGUGACUGGAGGGACUGUUCUUCCUGCCAGGCAGGUGGGGCGCAGGCAAGGGGCAGGGCCUCUACCCUUGAAGGUGAGCCGGUGUGUGCGGUGCUGAGGACGGACCCUCGGCCUUACGGAUCUAAGGCAAGAGUGUCCUUUAAAGCUCCGUGAGUCUGAUUUGAAAAAUAGAAUGAAAAAGUGACUCGUUUGCAGUGACUAUGGAAGUUUCAUGUUUAAAUUUUUACAACUUGAAAUAUUGGUUAAAGGGAAGUUAAUUAUUCAUUUUCCUCAAGGCAUACUGUCGUGUUUGUUACUGUCCAGGAAGAGUGGAGUAACCAAGAGAAGCUGGUCUGGUUCUCGAUAUGUUACAGACCUCUAUGAAAAUUCGAAAAUUGUGAGUGUAGAAGAGAAAGGGUUUAAUAAAGAAUCUUGUGUGUCCUUUUGCUCUUU